AUGCCUGUGAGGCCCACGCUUUGGGUUAUGACGAAGGGAAAGAGACCUGGAGGCCUUGCCUUGAUUCGGGUUCCUGCGGCAGCCCUGAAGCCCGAGGAGACUUCUCUGCGGCGGCGCGUUCACACGAGCGCCGAGACACGCGUCUCCCGCGCCGCGCCUGGCCCCGCCCUCCCCCCGCCUCGUGAUUGGUCGUCCAGCAGGGCCGCAGCGGCGGGAUGCAAAGGAAGCCACCCGAUUGGCUCGCCGCGCGGCUCUAAGCCACGCCCACUCUCCCCUCAAGGCUGUGCACCAAUCGCAGCGCGCGAAAGGCGGAGAGUUUCCCCGGAUUGGUGGGCGAGAGCGAAAGGGGGAAGAGGGCGUGUCCGUGCGGGGCUUCCGGGCCGUGAUUGGCCGGCAGGGAUGGAGAGCGCGCCGGGCGGAGGGGACUGCGAGGGCGCCGCCGCUGGGUCCGCGUGCCCGCCCUCCUCUGCGCCCGCCGUGCCCGCGCCCACCCGCCGCCAGGCCUUCCUCUGGUGCCGGGAGUUCCUCGCCGGAGCAUGGCGCCGCCUCGCCAACCCCGAAGAGCUCCACAUCGCCCCCGUCAGCGGUGGGCUGAGCAACCUCCUCUACAAGUGCAGCCUCCCUGAGCGUCUCCCCAACGCAGAAGGCGAACCCCGGCAGGUGCUGCUCCGCGUCUAUGGCGCCAUCCUCCAGGUAAGACUCCUCUGCUUCCUCCUCCUCCACACAUUGCAUUGA